AUGGACAAGGUGUAUGUUUCGGGGCUCCAGGCGCAGGCCAUUGUCGGCGUCGACCACUGGAAGAGACCGGUGCCGCACCCGGUUUCCGUGGAUGCGGUUUUCAGCACCGACUUUGUCAAGGCGCUGGAAAGAGACAACUUGACCUUUUCGUUGAACUACGCUGUCAUUCUGGAGAAGUUGUUGAAGUACGCUGACUUGCAUCGCCAGCGGAACUUUGGGUCGCUUGGCGGGCUCGGACGGGCGCUAUACGGCUCGCUACACGAGGAAAGACUGAAAUGCUCUGGAAUCGAGGUUUCUGUUUCGGCACCAAAGUUGGACAUCCGGGCGCCUGUUUCGUUUGUGACCGACGGCUCCAGGGAGGUGUACAAGAUCCACGGGCUCCGUGCGUUGACGUUGAUCGGCGUGUUUACGUUUGAAAGGGAAAACCGCCAGUUUGUCGACUUGGACAUUGAAAUGGAGGCCAACGGCGAUUUGCACGUUCCGGCGGUUUCCGCCUCCGUCUACGAGUACCUCGAGCAGGCCAAUUUCAAGACCGUGGAGGCGUUGGUCAAACGCACGCUGCAGUGGAUCUGUCAGCAGUUCAACGUGGAAACGGUCCAUGUUCGUGUGACCAAACCGAACGCCAUUGUUUACACAGACGGCGUGGGCGUUUCUACACAGUGUGAACGGGCCGAUUUCGCCAACGAGGAGCCCAUUCUGUUUGCGUUGGCGCUGAAAACGGGCUUCGAUUUGCCUGUGGAAGAAAAACCCAUUCUGCCUCGUCAAACAGCAUACAUUGCCUUUGGCUCCAACGAGGGCAACCAGCUUGAAAACAUCAAGGACGCCCUCGACCUUCUUUCUCGCCAGCCGGGCAUCCACGUCCAGCUGACCUCGUCGUUGUACGUUCUGAAACCCAUGUACCACACCGACCAGGCUGAUUUCUACAACGGCGUGGUCCGCGUGGUUUGCGAGAACAUGGCGCCCCAUGACCUCCUCAAGACGCUCAAGAAGAUCGAGUACGAGCACCUCCAGCGGCGCAAGGAGUUCGAUAAUGGGCCCAGAACCAUCGACCUUGAUAUCGUGUUUUUCGGCGAUUCCACCAUCAACACCCCAGACCUCGUGGUCCCACACAAGCUGAUGCUAGAACGGACGUUUGUGCUCCAGCCGCUCUGCGAGUUGGUUCCUCCCGACUUCAUUCACCCGGUCACUGCCGAACCUGUUCACGAUCAUCUUCGAAGACUUUUGGCCACCGUGCCAGAUCCGCUGGUCCAGGAGCUGUCGGAGCUUCUUCUGGUGGUUCCCGGCUCGGGCAAAAGACACCUCACCUUCAGCCACAACAGCAAGAAACCCACGCUUAUCAUGGGAAUCUUCAAUGCCACGCCAGACUCGUUUAGUGACGGAGGCAAGCACUUUGAGCUUUCCAAGCAGGAUAUCGUAGAAGCGGCGCUUAAGCAGAAGGCUGAAGGUGCCACUAUUAUCGAUAUUGGCGGCGUUUCCACCCGUCCGGGUUCCCUGGAGCCUUCUGUUGAGGAAGAACUUACCAGGGUUGUUCCGGUGGUUGAAGCCAUUAGAGCUGCUCCUGAGCUUGACGACAUUUUUGUUUCUGUCGAUACGUACCGAGCUGCUGUUGCCGAGGCCGUUCUCCAGGCCGGCGCCGAUAUCAUCAACGACAUCUCCAUGGGCACCUUGGAUCCAGACCUCUUUUCGGUUAUCGCCAAGUACGGCUGUGCCUACGUCAUGAGCCACACCAGAGGCACUCCAAAGACAAUGAGCAAGCUCACGGAGUACGGUCCCAGCGACGAUCUGCUUGUGGAGUAUCAGAUUGAUCUGCAUCACGGGAUCCAAGCUCCAGCGGCAGAGCCUGUUGUCAACGGCGUCUGCAGAGAAUUGGCUGCUCAGCUAAUCGUAGCCAUGGAUCACGGCGUCAAGAAAUGGCAGGUUAUCAUCGAUCCCGGCAUCGGUUUUGCCAAAAACAUCAGCCAAAACUUGACCUUGUUGCGCAGAGCCAAAACGUUGAAACAGUAUGCCCAAAACGACUUGAACCUGGGCGUCUACACGUCAUUCCACGGUUUGGCGCUUCUUGUGGGCACAAGUCGUAAGGGCUUCCUUGGAACCAUCUCUGGAAAGGAAGCGCUGGACAGAAUGAUCCCUACAGCUGCUACAGUCGUGGCUUGUGUUCAGCAAAACACUGAUAUUGUCCGAGUCCACGAUGUGGCGGAUAUUCAGCAGGCCGUGAAGACCGCUGAUGCCGUGUACAAGGGGAUUUUUUGA